AGGAACCCUAAACCCGCGACUGCCAAGUGGCGGAAUCCAGGCGCUCGUAUUAUUAGGGCUUUGGCUUUUUCGUUCUUUUCUCCUACGUGAGUGAGGGGUCGAUUUGGAGCGGAAUCUUGCGAUCGAUCGCGCGCGCUAGGGUUUUCUGGGCACGGAUUUCGCGAUGAAUGGGCCAGCUGCUGAUGGAUUGAGCGAGCGGGAGAGGCGGACCAUCCCGGCGCCGACGAAUCCCAUGGUUACUCCUCUCUUGACUGAUAUGUAUCAGCUUACAAUGGCCUAUGCCUAUUGGAAAGCGGGCAAGCACCUCGAUGUGGCAGUGCCAGGUUUGAUUUGUUCCACCGCAAGACUCCCUUUGGCGGUGAAUUCACCGUGUUUGCGGGCCUCGACGAGUGCAUUCGAUUCGUCUCGUCGUUUAAGUUCCAGGACUACCACAUUGAUUAUCUUCGCAGCGUCAUGCCUUCGAACGCUGAGGAGGAGUUUUUCGAGUGUUUGAAGAAGCUGGACUGCUCCGACGUAGUAAUUCACGCGAUACCCGAAGGCUCGGUCGUGUUUCCUCGAGUCCCGCUUAUGAGAAUCGAAGGUCCGCUGUGGGUGGCCCAAAUGCUAGAGACAACGUUUCUCACUCUCGUGAACUAUGCUUCGUUAGUGGCGACCAAUGCUGCAAGGCAUAGAUUAGUGUCUGGAAGCUCAAAGAUGCUCCUUGAAUUUGGUCUGCGGCGUGCUCAAGGGCCGGACGGAGGCAUAAGCGCUUCGAAGUACUGUUAUCUGGGUGGUUUUGAUGCGACAAGCAAUCUCGAGGCUGGGCGACUUUUUAACAUACCAGUUCGUGGAACUCAUUCGCAUGCUUUCGUGAGCUCUUAUAUGAGUUUGGACGAGAUUGUAGGCAGGAGCCUCGUCUUUGCAGAUAAAAAGAAAGUAUGCGAGGAUUUUGUUGGCAUGGUACAACACUCGCUCAGCAAACUACAGGGGAUUGAAGCUCUAAGAGCAGUUUUUUCGGAAACGAAUCAGAGCGAGCUUGCAGCAUUCUCAUCAUAUGCACUGGCAUUUCCCACGGAGUUUUUGGCCCUCGUAGAUACGUAUGAUGUGAUGAGAAGUGGUAUUCCAAACUUCUGUGCGGUGGCAGUGGCUCUUCAUAAUCUUGGCUAUAAGCCGCGUGGUAUCCGCUUAGAUUCUGGUGACUUGUCGUACUUCUCUAUCCAGGCAAGAAAGUUUUUUUGCACUGUUGAGAACGAACUUGGGGUGCCAAGCUUCGGAAAGAUGACAAUUAUUGCAAGCAAUGACAUAAACGAAGACACUUUGGACGCUUUAAAUAAGCAGGGACAUGAAAUCGAUGCGUUUGGCAUUGGAACUCAUUUAGUAACAUGUUACAUGCAACCAGCGUUGGGGUGUGUCUACAAGCUUGUUGAAGUGAAUUCCCAUCCUCGCAUCAAGAUAUCUGAAGACGUAAGCAAGGUAACAAUACCAUGCAAGAAGCAGUGCUACAGGAUUUAUGGCAAAGAAGGCUACGCGCUGGUGGACUUGAUGACCGGCGAAAGCGAAGCGCCUCCCAAGAUGGGUGAGCGUAUACUCUGCCGGCAUCCCUUCAAUGAGUCGAAAAGGGCUUAUGUAAAUCCACAACGAGUAGAAUCGUUGUAUAAUUGCUAUUGGGCCGGAAAUUCAGGACUAACACAGGAGCCAUUACCAUCGUUGGAAGAGUCAAGGCAGCGUUGCCAAAAGCAGCUGGCUGCAAUGCGUCCUGACCACAUGCGUGGUCUCAAUCCCACGCCUUAUAAGGUGAGUGUGAGUGGAAAGCUGUAUGAUUUUAUUCAUUUUCUUUGGUUGAAUGAGGCCCCUGUGGGGGAGUUACUGUAGAGGAAAAUAUCAUUAUUCAGUCUAAUUUGAAAUAAUUUGUAGUCCAAUUA